AUGAUGCGGCGAAUGGCAAAACUGACUGAUGAUGCCGACUACGAUGCCGGCGAAACGUUUGAGAAUGUAUCAAUUCCACUGUCUGAUGCUGGGAAUCAUGACAACUACUAUGGCAGACGACUUCGGACUAGGUGCCUUCUACAUAGUCUCCAUGACAACAAGACCAAGUUGCGACAACGAGGUCAACCCACUUCUAUCAAUCGAAAGGAGACUGCGACCACACCAGAGGUCACCUUCGCCUUCGUCAACGAAGAGCUGUCCCCCGGCGGUACACGACGAACCAACAUGAUGACUUCCGAGAUGCUUGACUCGCAGUUGCUGCCAUCUCAGCUCUUCACGGAGCAUUGGUCAUGCGGCCGACCCUCGGCUCCGCUGAGCCAGGCCUCUUUGGUGGGUCAGGAGGUCGUAAAUCCGCUCGAAGCAUGCCAGGUCAGUUCGAGUGCAUCCAGGCCCAACCAAGUGAAUGGAGGAAGUUGGUCCCGGAGCCAAUUUGGAACGAAUGCAAGCCCAUUGGCAGACAUCACCGCCUCGACCGGGCCACACGGCGCCGGCUGUGGUUGUGACCACGGCAACUCGGAAGUCGAGACCAAGUCGGCGACGGAGAGUACGUGA